AAUUGUUAAUAGGUGAAUUUUAAGGGAGUGGCCCGAGAUAUUUUGUAGAAUGAAGCUGGUAGCGAAGAACGUUGACAAAGAUGGGGAAGGGAGUGUAUCUCUCAUUCCUGAGAAUACAGAAGACAUGUGGCAUACUUAUAACCUAAUAAGUGAAGGAGACUGUGUUAGCUGUUCAACUAUUAGGAAAGUUCAAACUGAAACAUCGACUGGAAGUUCCAACAGUUAUAGAGUAAGAACUACUCUUACAAUACGCGUAGAAGGUAUUGAUUUCGAUACUCAAGCCUGUGUUUUAAGACUGAAAGGGAGAAAUAUCGAGGAAAAUAAAUAUGUUAAGAUGGGUGCUUACCAUACCCUGGACGUAGAACAAAAUCGAAAAUUUACUCUUGUAAAGCCUAAAUGGGAUUCUGUUUCACUAGAACGUGUUGACACUGCUUGCGAUCCAACCCAAAAUGCUGACGUAGCUGCCGUCAUAAUGCAAGAAGGAGUAGCUCACAUUUGUUUAAUAACGUCGAAUAUGACCAUUGUGCGUGCCAAAAUAGACCAAGUGAUACCUCGAAAAAGAAAAGGACACAUCUCGCAAUAUGAAAAGGGAUUAAUCCGAUUUUACGAGAACGUUAUGCAGGGAAUCUUGAGACACGUUAACUUUGAAAUAGUAAAGUGCAUCAUAAUGGCCAGCCCUGGUUUCGUAAAGGAUCAAUUUAUGGAGUACAUGAUUCAACAAGCAAUCAAGUUGGACAUUAAAUUGAUUCUCGAAAACAAAAGCAAAUUUAUGCUCGUGCAUGCUAGCACUGGUUUCAAACACUCUCUAAAAGAGGUCUUAGCUGAUCCCGCGGUUGUGUCACGCGUUUCGGACACCAAAGCUGCAAGUGAAGUAAGAGCUUUAGAAACUUUCUAUGCAAUUUUGCAAACCGAUCCAGAGAGAGCGUUUUACGGUAAAAGGCAUUGUGAAAAAGCGAAUGAAGCUCAGGCUAUUGAGACGCUGCUUAUUUCCGACAAACUAUUUCGAGCUCAGGACGUAGCCCAAAGGAAAGAAUAUGUCAAUUUAGUGGAAGGUGUAAGAGAAUCUGGAGGAGAUGUUAAGAUUUUUUCGAGCAUGCAUAUAUCCGGAGAACAGCUGGAACAACUUACUGGAGUUGCAGCUAUACUUCGAUUUCCGAUGCCAGAAUUAGAAGACGAAAGUGACGGAAAUGAUUCGGAAGGAGACGAGUAACGAAGCCGCUAAUAUAUUUGAUUAAUUCAUCAUGUAUGAAAUCGGGAAUACAAAACUAAUUGGCCGCUUCAUUCAAUAUGUGUUAUAUCUGAGUUUGAUGGCGUAUAUUGAUUUAUUAUAUAGAAUCAUUGAAAAUAGACACGGCACCAAACGCGAAUAGAAACAAAGCUCAAAACAUGUUCACGUACUUCAAGGGAAAUUAGUUAGAGCUUCUAAUGUGAAUUCUGUUUUUUCUUCAAAAGAUUAUCUUAAAAUCCAAGCGAACUACAGAUUUUAAAUCGUAGUCCCAUACAUAAUUUUAAAUUACUAAACUGAUUCUUCCGCUGCUCACAAUGAAAAGCAGGUUUUAGUCAAAUAAAUUAAUAAUAAUAAUAAUUCUAGAAGACUGCUUUCAGCUUUUGUUAUGCUUCGAUCGAGGUGUUUUCAACAGAUAUAUACUUGAUACUUUUAAACAUAUUUAGAGAAUCCUGUGAAUUAUGUAUUAUUAUUGAGAAUCAACACAAUUCCUCCUAUGCCCCCCACCGUGAGACGUAUACGUUCACGAAUGUCCCCCUCUACAGGGGCCCCCACCUCUACCAUGAGUCGUCAAGAUAUUUACUCUCACCUCAAAUUUCGGACAAUUCAUUGUAUAUCGUGACCGUGAAAGGUCGUCAAUCGAAAAAAGAAUGGAACAUACUCAGAAAAUAGAUUCUACGCUUGACAAAUA